UUUUCUCCACAGCAAACAAUAAGUGACGCUGGUAAUGUACUGGUAAAGUCCUUCUCUUGCUGCUGCAGGACACACACAAAUGUGAAAGGAUCAAUACUUCCAAAAGCCUUGACAAGAUAAAAGUGUAACGAGUUAUUUUCCUGUUGGCAGAAACGACAGCCUGAGCAAGUCACCAGAGUUUUAGCAGAGGAGUUGGUCGAUCAGCUGAUCUGCAGCUGAGAAAGAGGAACCGUGACUCCAGAUUCUCAACAGCAGACUCAGAGGAAGUGAGGAAAAAAAGAAAGAAAAGCAGAAUAGAAAGUGAUCAGAUGGUGGACUUCUGCAAGCGAAGGCGGAGGAGGCUCACUCAUCUGCUCCACCUCAGGGUGAUGGUGAGAUAAAACGGCCUCUUAAAAGUGUGGCAACAUUUAAACAUAGCAACUGUAAAAAUAACCGAUCAUGUCUGUCAGUCUAAAAUAUAAAGUGUCUGAAGGUUCAGCUACAAAUUUAGUCUCAAUAGACAUGUUGAUUGGGUCCUAAUUGUAUUUUGUGCCCUUGAGAACAAUCAUGUUAAUUAUUGAUUAAUUUAGUCUUUAAAAUGUGAGAAAAUAGUGAAACUUCUCUGUUGCAGUUUCUCAAAGUCUGACGUGAUGCCUUCACUGUCCCUCUACAGGACUGGGCCCCACAAGACCUGUCAAGUUUAUUUUAAACUUAAGAGGCACAAAAUAGUGGUAAAAAUUGUAAUUAUUUUUUCAUUAAUUGGGAGUACACCACAGGCUGUCAGGGCCACUGGGUAGUUCAUGUUUUGUCUAGUUGCUCAUUCAGCCAUAACCCCAGCUCCAGCUGGAUCAAGUCAGAAAAGCAGCGUCCCCUUCUUGUGCUUCUUGUUCCAGUGUUAGUUCAAAGUCACAUCUCCCCUCCAGACUUCUCAGAUGGUUUCAUUUAGAGGUAAAUCUAAGUAGCCAACAUUUGAAAAAUAUUUUUAAAAUGAUCCAAAUUUGUGCAUCAUUACUUAUUUCCUCUCUCAUUAAUCAUCUCAAGACCCCUCAGCUUCAUCUUGUGGCCUCUCUGUGGAGGCCUGCCCUUAGGUUGGGAACCACUGGACUAAACCACCUUAUAAAGUGUUUUUUUAAAAAAAAAAAAAAAAAAAAAAAAAAAACAGCUCCAGCUUGAAACACGAUCUAAUAAUGUGAUAUAGAAUAAUAUAAUAUAACUCCCAGCGGCCGUUUUUCCGCAGAAGCACUACUUUUACUUUUGAUAGUUUCACUUGUGAGCUUUCACUUAAAUGCAGGAAGUGUGCGUGUAAUAGAGUACUUUAAUAUUGCUCAGUUUGUACUUUUACUCGAGUAUUGGAGCCGAGUGCUUCUUCCACCACUGGCUGCAAGCAAGAAGAUUUCAGAUUGAUGUCAGAAGUCCUGCUGUGUAACCUGUGCAGGAGCAUGAACUAUAGUAACCUCAGGUACCAGCAGUAACUAAACAAUUAACGCCGCCUCCCACGCUUUAAAUGUUCCCUCUACAGGCGUCAGAUCAGACCUGCAGCUUCUCAUUUCAUCUCUAUUUAAAUCUUAUUUCUGUGUGUUAUCACCGCUGAUUGAUGAGCGGCGGGGACUGCCCAUCUCUCUCACCUACCCCGGCCCUCCUCCCUGCCUCCUUUCCCCUCCCUCUCUCCCACACGUAUGCAUACAGACCGACAGGCUACGCGACCCCCCCUUCCUCCCUCCCCCCUCCUCCCCCCCUUCCAUCAUUUUCCCAUCUCUUACUCACUCUCUUCCCUACAACAAACAUGGCCGCGAAAUCUGAUGGUGCACCCGUCUCUCUACGAAACGAAAUCCCACCCGAGUGUCCUUCCAGGUCGGACCCGCGGCCUCCCCAGCGCCGUCCCGACGAGCAGCGCUACUCCCUCCCGGACUGCUGCUGGACGCUGUGCGCCCUUUUGGUCUUCUUCUCGGACGGGGCCUCAGACCUGUGGCUGGCCGCGGACUACUACCUAAGGAGGUACUACUGGUGCUUUGCACUGACUCUGGUCUUUGUGAUAGUCCCGUCCGUGGUCGUGCAAGUGCUGAGCUUCCGAUGGUUCGCCUACGAUUUCUCGGAAACCGUCGAGAGCGGCACGGCUGCGGCCGCCGUGGUGGCGGCGUCGGGAGCCGAGGAGAGCGACUUCAGCACCAAGGACAGCGGCGAGCGGGGCGCUGGCUGCACCGCCGGGGCCGGGGUGCUGCCGGGGCCGGGCACCGCGGGAGGAGCCCGGAGGUGCUGCAGAAUCCUCAUGUGGCUCUUCCAGGCCAUCAUUCACAUCUUUCAGCUGGCACAGGUCUGGAGGUACGUCCACGCCUUGUAUUUGGGCGUGCAGAGCCGCUGGCACGGGGACCCCGAGCGGCGUCACUACUACUGGCGCAUGAUGUUUGAGAGCGCCGAUAUCAGCAUGCUGCGUCUGCUGGAGUCCUUCCUGAAGAGCGCCCCUCAGCUGGUGCUGCAGCUCAGCAUCAUGAUCCAGGCCAAGCAGGUGCUGCCCCUUCAGGGGCUUUCAGCUUCUGCCUCACUGAUAUCCCUCGCUUGGAUGAUCUCCUCCUAUCAGAAAGUCCUGAGGGACUCCCGAGACGAUAAGCUACCCAUGACCUACAAGGCCGUCAUAGUUCAGAUCCUGUGGCACCUGUUCACCAUCGGGGCCCGCACGCUGGCCUUCGCCCUGUUCGCCUCCGUGUUCCAGCUUUACUUUGGCAUCUUCAUCGUGGCCCACUGGUGCAUCAUGACGUUCUGGAUCAUCCAGGGCGAGACGGACUUCUGCAUGUCCAAAUGGGAGGAGAUCAUCUACAACAUGAUGGUGGGCAUCGUGUAUGUGUUCUGCUGGUUCAGUGUGAGAGAGGGGCGCACCCGCUGCAGGAUGCUCAUCUACAGUCUGACUGUGUUCGUGGAGAACGUGGCGCUCACCACCGCCUGGUACCUGUACCGCGGCCCCCGCUCCUCAGACUUCUAUGCCGUCAUCAUGGUGUGCGUGGUGGCCAGCAGCUACGCCCUGGGCACCUUCUUCAUGUUUGUGUAUUACUGUCUGCUGCACCCUGACGGCCCAGUCUCGGGGUGGGGCUACAUUGUGGAGAAGGAGGUGCCCGUGGAGAUGCUGGCCUCCCCGGCUUCCAGCCUCCCCCCCGACCUGGUGAACAGCCCCCCCAGGACCCUUCAGAGAACUAAAGGGUCAGACAGGGAGCAGGGGCCUGGGGUGGAUGGAGACGUGUUUCAGGUACGACCGCCCCGGGGAGCUCAGGCCCCGGUGCCGCACCUCACGCCCAGGACAGAGGGGCCCGUCAUCCGAAUAGACCUGCCCAGGAAGAAGUACCCCGCCUGGGACGCUCACUUCAUCGAUCGUCGGCUGCGUAAAACCAUCCUGGUGCUCGAAAGUGCCGCCCCGGUCACGCCAAGGAUUCAGUACCGCUGUCUGGGCACACCCAAAGAAGUGAUGGAGUACGAGACCACCGUGUGAUGUGCUGAAGGCUGCUGUGACUCAGCUCGCUGCCAUAUGGACAUCCUGCCUUAAAUAAAAAAGAAAACGGCGGGUGGAUGACUCUCACUGAGCAGUCAGUUUCAGCUCCACGCCUACUUGAUCGCUCUCUGUACCGUCAGGAAGUGGAGACUAUACGGGCAAAAGAAAGGGACAGAGUGUGGUGUCUUGUAUUUUUUUUACAAAGACAAAGUUCUGUGAUGUUGUCUAAUGAUGGUGCAUAUUUCAGUUUCUGUAUCAUUUCUCAGGUCAGGAUGUGGUACAGGAAGAAGAAGUGGAGGUUUUAGUGGCAGAGCUCGCUGUCCGGUGAAGUUAGAGAGAAGCACAGGCAGGCAGAGAAGUGGAACUGUGUGGUGAUCAAUCAGAGGCAGGAAGCCCUCAUCAGUGACGGUGCUUCAGCACAUCCUCUCAAGGCGGUCGACAACAGAGGCGAGCCUUCAACAUGCAUGAUUACUUAUGGCAGCUAGAACUGAAACAUCACUAAACAGGAUUAAACACAAUCUACAAUAAAUACAACACAGGUACCGAUCAUCACAGUCAUGAUUUUCCCAUAGCUAUUCACUCAUGUUGAAGGAGUCUCUGCAAAUGCUGCUUCAAAUCUGAAGGGCAGUUCAAAAGCAACAUUUGAGUUGAAUGUAAAAACAGUUGAAAAUGUGAUUAUUUGUGACAAGGCUUUGAGCAUUUUCAUGCUGUUAGUGGGAUUUACAACAUUCCUGUGGUACUAUAUUUGUUUUUUGAGGUAAGCUAGAACAAAAAAAAAGAAAAAAAGAAGAGAUUUGUGUGUGUUUACAAGCAAUCUGUUGUUUUUUGGGACAUGUCAUCACUAUUAUUCUAACCAGAUUCACCUUCCUCCAGAAUGUGUAUGGACUGAAAAAUAGCUACGUUAUGAUUUCCAUAUACAUUUGCAGGAUGUAUUCUUACAGAUAGGACUCUCGACAGUUGUAUUUUCAUACUGCACCCAUCUUACACAGCAAAGGCAACAGGACAGAUUAUUCCGUGUAAAUUAAACUGUACAAUGAAAUGGAAGUUGCAGAGGGACAGCACUGUCUGUAAUUGUACUGUAUCCAUAAUUUGUUGUCUGAAAAAUGAACAAAAAAAUGAACAAAAAAAAAUAGCUGCAGACUUCAGACUCCUAACAAGAAUAGCUUUGAUAUUAUUGAUGGUACAGGCAUGUGGUACGUUUGGUAACACUUUAUUUUACAGGUCCGUUAUUUCCUCAUAUUUGAACUUUCCCAGAUAGAAAUAUGACAGUCGAUAUGAAUUUAGGGAAAAUAGAAGCAAAGUUUGAUUAGUUUCCUUGGUUAAAUGUGUUAUAAUAACUGCUCUAUUUAAAUCCAAGUAAAAGUUUAUUAUUUUUUUCAGUGAUUAUUAGACACUUUACUCUUCAUAAAUCGUGAAGUGAAUGUCUGUCGACAAACUGCACAUAAAGAGUCUACAGUCGAGGCGUUUAAUUGGAAUUAAAGCUGAAAGGAUGAAUUGAUUAGUCGAUCGACAGAAAAAAUCUGGGACUAUUUUCAUAAUCGAUUCUUUGUUUCAGAAAUUUUUAAGCAAAAAAUUGUGAAAAUAUUCCAAAUAUUUGCAGGUUUCUGUCUCAAAAGAGAAGAUUUUCAGGAGGUUUGUGGACUUUGUGGACGUCAAACAACACGAGACAUUUAAAGACGUCACCUUCAGCUCAGUUAAAUUUUUUGUCUGUUUUUUGAUGUUUCAUAGACAAAAUGAUAAUUAUUAGUUGCAGCCGAAAUUGGAAUUGAUUAUUUGGAUUAUUUUACCUGAAUUACAAAGGACCUUCUCAGGAACCCUACUAGAAAAUUAUCAGGAAUUUAUGGAUCUGUAAAAUAAAGUUACUGUGCUUUCUUUUAUCAGGGUUGUUUUUCUAUAGAAUAGCCACAAGAGGAAAAUUUCUGAACCGUGUGUGUCUGUGAGUGUCUGUGUGUAUGUGUGUGUGAGCUCACAUACCAGCAUGUGUAUGGGUGUAUGUGGCGGGGGAGGCGAGGGGGGGCGGGGGGUCCUGCCAUGUGUAUUUAAGUUAAUUUGAAACUGUGUCACUGAGAAAUUACAGUUUUGUUAUAAACACUGUCCAUUCACUUGUUUUUCCCAGGUGACACUGAAGUAAAGAAAAUAGCCCACAGAGCACCUUUAACCACCCCUGUUGCAGAAACAAAGGGCCCAGAGAGGCUCAGAUUACGGUGCUAACUGUUCGAGUCCAUCACGUUAACAAACCAUAUAAUGAGCUUGUUGUGUCAGGAGUCAUCGGGCGGGGCUGUACCUCAAACACAAAGCUAGAAUCAAAAAGCCUUAAACUGGUCAUGCCAGACUGUUGCUGUUCAGAGCAAGAAAAACAAAAAGUUAACAAGAAGGUGAAGACAAUUUCAUUAUGUUGUUGUUGCUACAAUAAAGAGCAAUGUGUUUACCUGA